ACGCGUGCAGUGUGGUGCAGUGCCGCCGAGCCAUCCCCUUAGUCGCACACCCGGAGUGAAUCAGUCGCACCCAUCCUGUGCUUUCUUCGAAUUUUAACCCCAAAAUUUUUUUGGGCCACAAAUCUUUUGCGAUUCGAUUUGACUGGCGAGCAGUGCUCGAGACGCUGGUGAUGAGUCAGGCGUUCAUCGGAGUCGGCGGCGGACGACGGCAGCCGCUCCCCUGCCCACGCUGUUUCACGAGGGCGCCACGGCCAGCUAUCCAGCUCCGAUUCGACGCCCUGGUCGAAGACCUGCAGCGGGGGCUGGAGGCGGUCUACCCCAGAAUGCUGUUCCGCUGUCCGGGAGUGCCGCCGCUUGGCGCGCAGGAGUCGCACGACUUCUUGGAAACCACCUACUUGGUGUGCCCCCAACUUGUGGACAAGCCUAUGCGCGUUACAAUGGAUUCGGAUUUUUUGAAGACCAUCGGAGAACUGGAAGAAACACUGCAAACGCUGCUUGCAAUGGUGAAGAGGGAUCAUCGUCUGGGUCGGGGCUACGAAUACGUUUCUCGGUGGCCCCUCCUGCUGACCACCGUCCAGUGGGUCCUGCUUUACAACCUCCCGUGAAGAGUGAGGAUUUGUUUUUUAUUUUG